AUGGCUACGCAAAUGUGCUGUACUAUAAAAAUGAAAGUACUUACACGGAAUACAAAAUUAAAAGCCUCAACGGUUUUCGACAAACGUAUGAUUGGUGGGGCUCGGGCUAUCCUAUUCGGUCUGCGUCCUGUUUCCUCUAUCGCAACACGCGGCUUGUGCUAUCCACUCACUGAAGAUCAUGCCCAUAGUCUCACUUUCCUCGGUCGACACACGGGACGUAAACAGUUGGAAAGACUAUUGUCCGCUGGAGCCAUUGAAAUACUGUUUGACAAGUACAUCAACUCCGGACUGCUGAGCUCUGCUUGUCCUAUCAAGCGUGUGUACGUCAACCAGCUUGCGGCUAAUAGCCCAAUAGAAGAUCGGUGGAAUAUUGGUCUUACACAGGUUGAUGGGGUUGUUUCUAGUUGUUUGUUCACUGUGUUAGACGGACACUCUGGUACCGCAUGCGUCCACACCCUGGCUUGGGCUAUUUUGGACUACAUAGCGGCUGCUUUCCUGGACACAGCAAAACUACACGCGGCCAUUGAUUAUUGGCGUACUCAUGCAGCUGAACAGCCGUAUCAUUUGGCACGACGGCUUGACUUACUCUCGUCAACCGAUCAUCGACAUUUGGGUCAUGCGGCCAGAUCUCCGUCAACCCACUUGUGUGCUCAUAUGCGUGGCUGUCUGAAAGAAUAUGUCACGGAUCUGGUCGACCGGACUGAUCGUAACAUGGACCCAGUGCACUGCUUUACAGAGGCAUUUCUACGUCUGGACGAUGAUCUGUGUUCAACCAACCGGCCCAUUGAUUUCAGCGUGGAACUAGGUGCCCAUCUGCCAUCAUCUGACUCCAUGUACAAUCGUGAGCUUAUGCGUGUCGCACUCAGCGGGGCCGUCGGCGUGGCUGGUCGUAUAUUUUGGGACAAUGAUCAAAAGAACGGCACUUUACCAACACAGCUGCACAUUGCCAGUGUGGGUGAUUGUGGCGCAGUCUUGUUGCGUCAGACAAAUGAUAUGGAUUCUCCUAAUCCUGAACUUGAAGCUAUUGCCUGUGCACCAGUUCACCAAGGUUGGUGCAACGAGAAAGAGUUGAAGCGAGUCGAAAUGGAGCAUCCGGACAAUUCGCUUUCCGAAUUGUUUCGUGAAGGCGGACGUCUGCUUGGUGAACUCGCACCGUCUCGAGCGUUUGGCAACGUCCGGUACAAGUGGCCAGCUAACAGACUGUUAGAAUUGUCCAGCGCGCUUAACCAGUCGUCGGCUAAGCGGACCUCGGAUAUCGGACGUGGUCUGCAGCCACCGAAAGAAAUGUCAAUCCUUCCAAACCCGUAUACGAGUCCUCCCUAUUUGACAGCACAACCUGAUGUCACAAGCUUUGAGAUAACACCACGUGAUCGCUACCUUGUCCUAGCCACUGACGGUCUCUGGGAUAUGUUAUCCAGUGGGGACGCAAGUGAAGUGAUGGAGCAUGAGUUGCGCAAGCCCACCUCUCCUGCCACACGCCUUAUAUGGAACUGUUUAGUUAGUGUUCCACCUGAAAUCGCUGGCGCUAUUUCACAAGCAAGCUGGAAUAAAAGAGCUGAACAACAAGACGUUGACAAACUCCCGUUGAAGGAAAAUGACCGGAAAGCUUUCGACCGUGCUCUCAAACUGUUAUCCCUACCACCCGGAGUGGCCCGGUACUAUAGGGAUGAUAUCACGGUGAUGGUAAUUGAAUUAUUCGAGCGUCCGACUAGCGCUAGUGUAGAAACUCCGUCACAUACCUAACACUCGAUCCUCUGUCGCUUUUUAUUCAAUUGGAGUACUUUCAGUCUGACAAAUGAACGACAUAAUGGCGACAAAUCAACUCUUGCGCUCUUCCACAGAAAUCGAUACUAUUUUACCCUUCACUUUGGAACUAUCUGUCUAUAGUUUUUAUAAAUUCGUUUUUGAUCGAAACUAUCUGUUGUAAGCAGAUAAUCUUAUUCAGAUAUUACUCUUGAAUGUAUUUUUUCCGUAA